AUGGCCUCCUCCCAAGCAUUUGAAAGAGGAAUUACCGAAGUUGAUUCCUUGGUUGGAAUCGGACUGGCCAUCGUUGGCAAUAUCCUCAUCUCCUUUGCACUCAAUGUCCAAAAGUUAGCUCACAAUCAGUUGUCGGUCGAAAAACUCGAUAAUACAUCACCAUGUUCUUCAUGCACAUCCUCUUCAAUAUCUGAGAUAACCCCUAAUACGCUCGAACAAGCCAAUAGACAUCAUUCCCCUGAAAUUCAUACAGCAGUAAUCAAAGACGACAUGCAUUACUUGUAUUCCAAGACAUGGUGGAUAGGAAUAUUAUUAAUGAUCUGCGGCGAGAUUGGCAACUUUACUGCAUACGGGUUUGCGCCAGCAUCAAUUAUUGCACCCUUGGGUACUACUACCCUGAUUUCCAAUGCGAUGUUGGCACCUUUUUUGCUCAACGAGGCAUUCAGAAAACGAGAUUUUAUGGGUAUUCUACUUGCCAUGGCAGGUGCAGCAGCUGUAGUCUUUAGUUCAAGAAGCAAAGAAACCAAGCUUACACCUGAACUGGUGACUGAAGCCUUGUUUCAGACGCGAUCGUUAGUUUUUUAUCUCCUUACAAUCCUUUUAAUUCUCGUACUCAGUCUUCUGUCCCCACGCCAUGGCCAGAAGAAUAUUUUAAUCGAUCUUGGACUUGUAGCAGUCUAUGGCGCUUACACUGUCCUUGCCACCAAAAGUCUUUCUUCUCUCCUUAAUCUUACACUUUAUCGUCUAUUUACUUACACCAUAUCUUAUGUCCUGAUCAUUGUUCUGGUAUCAUCAGCCAUCAUGCAAAUUAAGUAUCUUAGUAAAGCACUCCAACGUUUUGAUUCUACAGCAGUUAUCCCAACCCAAUUUGUUCUGUUCACUAUAUCUGCUAUUGUUGGCAGUGCUGUUAUUUAUCACGAUUUUGAUGAUGAAGAUUGUAUGCAUAUAAGCUGGUUCCUAGUGGGUUGUUUCACUGAAUUUAUGGGUGUGUAUCUCAUUACAUCUAAUCGAAACCGGCCCAGUCCAGGAGUCCAGGAGUGGAAGUCGCCUGAUAUUAAGCACGAUUUUGAACCAGUGGGCAAAAUGAGUUUUUCUUCAGAAGCUAUUAAUGUACCCUGUAAUGAACAAACGCCUCUUGUACCGCACAAUUCAUAUGAACAUUCUGUUAACUAUGAUGGACAGUGUCUAACGCCUACCCUGUCAAAUCAGAUCACGAAUAUCCGCCAAAACUCAAUUUUCCCUGGUCUGUCUCUACAUUCUCAAUUAGCUAGUAUGGGUGAAGAAAGCUAG